AGCAGGCAGAGAGAUAGCUGCAGGCAGACAGAUGUGGACAGAGCGAGUGACCACAUCUGGCAGGAUGGAUGCCAUGAAUGGGCUGCUGAAAGCCACCCCCAAGACGCUGGACACCUGGAUCAUGGAAUUCCUGCAGCCCAGCACAGAUUUCAGAAUCCAGGUGAAGCAGACAAUUAGGCAGAUCUGCGACUUCCUGAAGGAGGACUGCUUCCCGAGGGAGACCAACAUCCAUGUCAACAAGACCGUCAAGGGUGGCUCAUCAGGCAAGGGCACAGCCCUGAAGAACACCUCAGAUGCCGACGUGGUGCUCUUCCUCAGCUGCUUCUCCAGCUACCAGGACCAGAAGAAGAAUAGAAAGUAUAUCCUGGAUUUGAUCAAGAUGAGGCUGCAUGACUGCAGGCAGAGCCUGACGUUCACCGUGGACAUCAGCGAGCCCCGGUACAAGGGUCCUGGCAAUACACCGCGCUCCCUCAGCCUCACCCUCAACUCCAAGAUCAACUCAGAGUCCACCGAGGUGGACAUCCUGCCUGCUUACGAUGCCUUGGGGCAGGUACGCCGAGACUCCUGGCUGGACCCAAAUUUGUACAAGAAUGCAUAUGUGGAGCUUCUGAAAGCCAAUGGUGGCCCCGGGGAGUUCUCCCCUUGCUUCACUGAGCUGCAGAAGAAGUUUGUGAAGCGUUACCCUCCCAAGCUGAAGAGCCUCCUGCGCCUGGUCAAGUACUGGUACAAGGAGCGGGUGAAGCCACGGUGCGGCACCAGCAACCUGCCUCCCAAGUAUGCUCUGGAGCUGCUGACCAUCUACGCCUGGGAGCAGGGCACAGGCUCCAACGAAUCCUUCGACACGGCUCAGGGCUUCCGUACGGUGAUGGAGCUGCUGUGCCGACACCAGGAGAUCUGCAUCUACUGGGAGGGGUGCUACUCGCUCCAGCACAGCGAGAUCAGCGCCCACGUGAAGAGCCUGCUGUGCAAACCCCGCCCCAUCAUCCUGGACCCCGCCGACCCCACAGGGAUCCUGGGCCAAGGUGAUAGAUGGGACCUGCUGGCACGGGAAGCUGCCAGAGACCUUUCGCUGUCCUGCGUCAUGUCCAUCAAGGCCUGGAAUGUGCAGCCGGCCACACCUGUGACGAUUGAGGUGAAGCAGCUGGCGGGCACCAGACUGAGAAAGAUCGUCAGCCCAAGCAACACCGUCAGGCAGCUGAAGGAGAUGAUCGAGCAGGAGUGGGACAUCCCCUGGUACAGGCAGCGCCUGUCGCAGCAGGAUCCAGGAAGGCGCAAUGUCAUCCUGCAGGAUGGCGAGACCCUGGCCACCCACGGCAUCUUGUACAGCACCACGCUGCUGCUGCUGCAGACCGACACUAUGGAGGUCUUCGUGAAGGAUGAAAAGAACCGGACCACCACCUACACGGUGUCUCCCACCAACACCGUCCGGCAGCUGAAGGAGCAGAUCCAAAGGGCCAACGGGCCUCACCCUGACCAGCAGCGCCUGAUGUAUAGCUCCGUGAUGCUGGACGACCGGCACACGCUGGCACACUAUGGCAUCCAGCCCAUGAGCACCAUCUUCAUGACCCUGCCGCUCCGGGGGGGGUGCAAGCCCCUGCACCCCCAGUUCCCUGCCUGCUCGCCCUCCUGAUCAUCACCCCCAGCAAUAGUAGGUGUUCCUGAACCACCCUCCCCUCUUCCCCCCACCUUCCUCCCCGCAGCUUGUGCUGGAAA